ACCUAUAAGGCGUCUAUGCGCAUGCGUGAAAGCCUCUUUUACCGUGGGCAUAAUGGCGGGUGAAACAGAAAAGAAGGAGAAGAAGGAGGUUAAGGCCAAGAAGGAGAAGAAAGAAGUUAAGGAGAAGAAGGAUGGGAAGGAGAAGAAAGGCCCGUCAGUCCCCGAAAGCCUCUUGAAGAAGAGGAAGCGCUAUGCCGCCAUCAAGACGGCUCGCGUUAAGGCCCUGCGCGUCGAGAAGAAGAACCGUAGAACCACUCGCAACCUGAUCUUCGCCAGAGCUCAGUUUUACCACAAAGAGUACCGGCAGAUGUACAGGCGCGAGAUCCGCAUGAACCGCAUGGCUCGCAAAGUCGGAAACUUCUACGUCCCUGCUGAACCUAAACUGGCCUUCGUUAUCCGCAUCAGAGGUAUCAACGGCGUGAGCCCUAAAGUGCGUAAGGUCCUGCAGCUGCUGCGUCUCCGCCAGAUCUUUAACGGUGUCUUCGUCAAGCUCAACAAGGCCUCCAUCAACAUGCUGCGUAUCGCUGAGCCAUACAUCGCCUGGGGAUACCCCAACCUCAAGUCUGUGCGUGAGCUCAUCUACAAGCGCGGAUACGGCAAGAUCAGAAAGCAGCGCAUUCCUCUGACUGACAACUCGCUCAUCGAGAAGAACCUCGGCACAUCUGGAAUCAUCUGCAUGGAAGACCUGAUCCAUGAGAUCUACACCGUCGGCAGGAACUUCAAAGCCGCCAACAACUUCCUUUGGCCCUUCAAACUGUCGUCUCCUCGCGGCGGCAUGAACAAGAAGACCACACACUUUGUGGAGGGAGGAGACGCUGGAAACCGUGAGGACCAGAUCAACAGACUCAUCAGGAGGAUGAACUAAGGGUGUACUCGGACAUCUUUUGGUUUAUUGAAAAUAAAUGUUUAAUACACACA